UGAUGAUGGUGUCAUCAUAUAUUAUGAAUGAAAUAUUGACAUAGAAAGGACAAGUACUGUAGUUAACACUAUAAACAUUUUGAAGAAGGAUAAUGUGUAAAAUAAAUGUAUGUGCACUUAUAAAGAAACACAAUCUGCGUUGUAAAACAUGGCUGUGCAUAUUUGCCAUACUUCUUGCAAUUUUGAUGUUGAGAAGAUGUUGGACUGGAGAAAAAUUUUACGUUUUCCAGUUUUCGUUCCCAUUAAACAAUGUUAUCGACGUAGUUCACGAAAUUGAGACAACUGGCCAGACUACAGAAAAGCCUUUGAACAAUUUCACUCAACAUUAUGUCAUAAAGAAAGAUCCGUCCAUCAAGUUUUGUAGCGAGGGAGUAUGUGAGAGUUUUGAUAUGGUUUUUAUUGUAAAGUCAUUUGUUGGAAAUUUUGACCAGAGGAUCGCUAUUCGAAACACUUGGGGAGCACAGACACAUCUGAGUAUAAAAACGAUGUUCGUUUUAGGAUAUGUAGAUCGGUUACAACCGCUGGUUGAUUUUGAAAAUAAAGAAUAUGGCGAUAUUCUCCAGUUUGGUUUCGCUGACAUAUAUAAUAAUCUAGUGUAUAAAACGAUUAUUUCUAUUGAUUGGUUAGUGAAACGUAAUAUAAAUACAAAAUUUGUACAUUUUUUAGAUGAUGAUCGUUUAGUUAAUACCAGACGUUUACAUCAAUUUGCUGUUGAUAGUCUUAGUGUUACAGAAAAUAAAAUCGUUGGCCACAGAUUAAGAUUUAAACAACCGCAUCGAACAAAAUCUUCGAAAUAUUUUACGACCUUAGAAGAAUAUCCUUUUGAUUUUUGGCCGCCAUAUAUACAUGGAGGAACCUUACUAACGAAUAUGAAAGUAGUAAAAAAGCUUGCUUAUGCCAUACCUUUUACCUUUUACAAAAAUUAUCAGAAUGGAAGACUGUUUCAUUGGAAUACUUGCCAAAUUACUUAAGAUUAAUGUUUUACAUAACAGUGAAUUCAUGCAGUUUUAUACUUCCGGUUUUGAUAUGAAAGAUAAAUUAUCAAGCCAAGGCUAUAAAUCUUAUCAUUUAAUAAUUGACGGUUGGAAACAACUACAAAACUAAAGUAAAGACACAUACAAUAUUUUUGUAAUUUACAUACAUCUAUUGUUAAUAUUACAAUGUAUUAUAAAAUACCAAUUUUGUUAAAAUUUGAUAAUGGAAAUCGUCCAGUUAAUAUUGUACUUUUACUAGUUUUUGCAUUACUAAAUUAAGAUAAAAACUAAAAAACUUUAUACGAAUUAGAUAGUUAUAACAAUUUGGAUAAUCUCCUCUGUGUUUUGAACAAAAUAAUGUCCGUUCGAAAAACAAAAUGUGUAAUUUAAUGAAUGAAUGAUCCUUAAAUCGGCAACAUUGCUUUAGAAUGAAAAAAACAAGGUAUUUACAUGUAUGAAAAAUAUAAUGGACUAUAGAGAACAAAUAAAUUAU